AGUUAUAAAAAAAAGAUUAAAUUUAAACAAAAAGCUAAACAAUACCAAAAAAAAAAAUAAUAACAAAACCACGACACUGAAAAAAAGCUUUUUAAAUACAUAAAGUGUGUGAGUGUAUAUGUCAAAAGUUGACUAGCACGUGCAUACAUUAUAUAGUCAAUGAUAUCUAGACAAUAUUGUGUCACAACAACAACAGCAACAACAACAAAAAUCAUGACAACAUUAACUACAAAUGCUGCUACUACUUCCAAAGCAACAGCUGCAUCAACACCACUAAAUUCCCACGACAAAUGCUUCUCUACACCUCAACAAACUGAUUCCAAAUCGUCCCAAUACUAUCAACUUAACAACAUCUGUAUCAACCGGAAAGUAAAUGAAGCUUCCAAUAACAAUGAAACUGUUACACCAACCACAUGUACUUCGUAUGUGGAGGCUGCAGCUGUUAUAGCACCCAAAUAUUCAACCGUUCCUAAUGUUCAGGAAGAGGAGGCCAAAAUUUCUGUGGACGCUUGUGUCCAUACGGUUAGACCUUUCACUGUGAUAUUACCUGAACAGUUGGCUGAGAAUGAACAUGUAGCCUUGACGGGAGAUUCUCAGGCUUUGGGUGAAUGGCAAUUGGAUCGUUGUGUUACAUUGACUCAAAACAAAGGCAGUUUGGAGUGGUCGGCCAAUGUAAUGUUGCAAGCUUGUGCUAAUAAUAUAAAUUAUCGUUAUUUUAUAUAUGCUGAAGAUCACUUGGGUCGCAAACAGAUCAGACGUUGGGAGACCCAUUUGAAACCACGACAACUGACCUCUUGCAUUAAUAAUUGUCGUAAUGUAGACAUUUUUGGUGAAGUGGCGUCGGGAGAGGUGCAACUUAAUCGUGGCUGGUUGAAUAAUGAAAUGAUUUUGCAGUUAAAAUUUGAGCGCGAGAAAAUGUUCCAGGUGCAUGAUAUUAAUAAAUUUGAUCCAGAAAAUGUUUAUAUUAAAGUGGUGGCGUUAGGAGAGGAUUUAACUACCUCACUGGAUGCUGAGAAGACGGGAAUUAAUGUGGAGUUUGCUAAAAUGAGAUAUAAUGAAAGUGUUUUAAAACCUCAACCUGUAGAGGGAGUGCCACAUAAACGCAAUGAGGUGGUGAUUUUCCAUUUAACUGUACCCUUAGAGUUGGAGGUUUCAUAUGCUUUAGAAUUUUACUCACAACAGCAGCAAUUAAUGGGAAAAGCUUACAUUUUGGCGGACCAGUUGAGGGGUAGUCAAGGUGAACUUUUGCUGGAGAUCAAGGAUACAAAAGAAACUGUGAUAGCACGCUUAACUUUACCCUAUUUAUUGGUUAAGCCUUUUAGUGAUAAACAACUGUUAGAUUUUCGUACUACUUAUGCCCAUUAUUGGCCUAAAACCUGGCCCAAUUUAGAUGUGGGACACCGCGGCAAUGGCAAGAGUUAUAUAGCCAAUGCCCCUGCAGAAAGAGAGAAUACCAUUUCCUCCUUUUUAAAAGCUUAUGAAGUAUUUGCCGAUAUGAUUGAAUUGGAUGUUCACCUAACGGCCGAUGGCAUACCUGUGAUAUAUCAUGAUUUUGGAGUGCGUACCGCCCCACAAGGCAAAGAGGUUAAAGAUGUGUCGCAAUUGGAAUAUGUGCUCUUGAAAGACAUGACCUAUGAGGCCAUUAAGGAAUUACGUGUCUUUGCCAUUAUCAAUAAUGAAAUUAAGGAAUAUCCGGCCCAUAAUAAAGAACCGGUAUUUGAGAAACGCAUCUUUCCUACUUUAGAGGAGGUGCUAGAAGCUUUACCCAAAACAUUGGGUAUAGAUGUGGAGAUAAAAUGGCCUCAACGUAAGAUCAAAGGAGGCGUAGAGGCUGAACAAACCAUAGAUAAGAAUUUCUUUAUUGAUACCGUUUUAAAAGUGAUAUUACAAAAAGGUUGUGGACGUCCUUUAAUAUUCUCCAGUUUUGAUGCUGAUAUCUGCACCAUGCUGAGGUUUAAACAGAAUCUAUUACCCGUCAUGUAUUUGACCCAAGGUGAAACACAAAAAUGGGAGGCUUUCCUUGAUCUAAGAACCCGCAGCUUCGAACAGGCCAUUAAUAAUGCUCAGGCAUUUGAAUUGGCUGGCACAGCACCUCAUGCUGAAGACUUUAAGGGAGAGCAAGGAGCCGCUCUAAUGAAAAAAGCCAAAGAUUUAGGUCAAAUAUCUCUAGUAUGGGGUGAUGACUGUAAUUCCCAACAAGCUGUUAAAUAUUUCCAAGAUAUUGGUGCUACUGCUACCUGUUACGAUAGAUCGGAUUUGUAUGUUCCCCCCAACAAAUCGAAAUCAUUUUUCAAUUCUACGGAAAUAAUGGAGGAAUUUAAAGAUCAAUGUCGUGCUUAAAUGUUAAACGAAAACAGAAAAAGCAAAUAUAUUUUUUAUAUUCCUGUUAAAAACGAAUUUUAUUAGAAAUUAUACAAACAAGUAAACAUGUUCGCUGGCGAACAUUUUUACACAAAUGAAAACUUUAAAAUUUUUAUUGUUAAAUGCUCCUGGUAUUAAACAUUUUUAGUAUUAU